CAUAGGAGCACAUGGAACCAACGCCCGCCUCACUUCUCUCUCUCUCUCUUCUUCUCCUUCUUCUUCUUCACUUCGUCGCCUUCUUCUUGCAACUGCUGGAGCAUGUCGCAGUAGGCAGUAGCAGCCGCCAUAGAGGAAAGAAGCAGCUCCCUUUCUUCGUUCUUCUCUUCCCAUUUUCGCUCCACGAAUGUCUCCGCCGCUCGCUCUCUCGGGCCGGAACCCGCCCGUGAUUCCGAAUACCACGUCCCUCCGGCCGCGGCCCGUCGUGGGUCGUUCCUGCUCUUUCGCUCUCCCCCGUCGCGGGGUGCUGUCUUUGAAGCAGCAUGGGAGCUCGGCGACGUCGGGUUUUGACAGAGGUUCGAGUCUCAGUGCUCGAAGCUUGCAACGGGGGGAUGGACUUGGAGAAGGUUUCGAAGCCAUCAUCUCCAAAGAUACUCCGGAUGAGGCAGAUGUGGUUGAGAAUGAGCUUCAAGACAAAGAAAAGAGUGGUGCCAUUGGAGGAAGAUCGUUGCUCGUUAAAUUAGCAAUUGCCCUUGGCAUAGCUGUAUUUGGCACAUUGAUAUCUCUUAGUGUUAAGGGAUCUUCCCCUGGAUCAUCACUGGGAUUUCAGAUUUUGGCAGAAGAUUCUUCCUCUGCAGUAAUGGCUGCAUCUCCUGUUGGUUUUAGUUUCAAAGCUUUUGGAUACAAGGUUUUGCUUCCAGAAUAUGCCCCCGGGUGGAUUUACUUUGGGCUGCUAAUGGCUGCUGGGUGCGGACUUUUCAUUAGUGAGGAGGCUUUGAAUAUAUGGGUUGGCAUAACUUUGUCCCGGAUGCUCUCCUUGGAUGGCACAUGGCAAUUGUUUGCUGAAUCUUUCUCAAGAAACGCCCCUUACAUACUAUCGACGGUUACGUGGGUAUAUUGGGGAGUUUGUAUAAGCGAUAUGAUUCCCUUUUACCUUGGGAAGCUUUUCAGACAAACCAGGGCAUCAGACGAUGUUUGUGCAAAGUUAGGCAUUGGGAAGGAGAAGGUUGAGAACAUUACUCGUAUUGUACAAAAAUAUGGAAAUCUCAUCGGUUUUGUUGAACGAUUUUCCAUUGGAGUGAGGAAUCCAACAGCUUUCCUCGCAGGCGCCUCGGGAAUAUCUCCAGAGUAUUUUUUUGCUGGAGUGUGUUGUGGAGGUUUGGUCACACUUCCUAUCCAGUUGGGAAUUGGAUUCUUACUGAGGGAGCGCCCUCUAUUUGCUGUUGCAACUGUUGCAACUGCAGUGGGAAUUUGGACCAUCUUUCCAUAUGCAAUAGCUGCUUCUACAGCACUCUUUCUGUUUCUGCGGCGGCGCUACUCCACUUGAUCGGCUUGUAAGCUUGUUUUCUGCGGCGGGAACUUCUUGUGUAGAUUCGUGGGAUUUGCUACAUCGUGUUAAUGGAGGAAAUAGCUGUUAGCAUCUUAUUUAAUAUUUUUUUGGAUGGUCAUUGCAACCUCCUGUUGAAUUACCAUCCGCAUCAUAGCUUUUUCAUAAUUUUUUAACGAAAUAGUCUCUGUCAAUUUGUUAGAUGUGUGGGCUAUGUUCCACCAAAAGGGAAUAAAGUUAUGCUAAGAGGGUACUCUUGUUUGCGAUGCUUUCCUGCUCCUGUUUCCCUCUGAGCUAAAGUGCUUGCUUUAUAAUUUUUUGCAGUUAGUAUGAUCUUAUCCUGUUUCACCUGCGACCAUAUUCUUUUCCCCUUUGGAUGAGAACUUUGUGAUAAUUUUGUAGGGCCUUGAUUGAAAUACAUCAAAUUUGUUGGACUCAA